UAGGUUCCAGCCCAACUGCAACCCUAAAUUGGAUAAGCGGAAGAAAAUGGAUGGAUGCUUCUACUACAAAUCUGGAAGCGUUUAGUUCUUUGGACUCUUAUCGGGUCUCAAUAAAUAUGUGUCCCUAUAGAAAAGGUAAGAAGCUACUGUUCGGCUGUGUAUGCAGCAAUAGGUUGCAUCUGGUGUUGUAGUUUGGACUGUAAGGCUUUGUGUUUUUAUGGGCCAUCUGUGUCUCACUAUCUGCCUGUCCUUUGAUUGCCCACAAACUGUGGAGGCGAUAGACAAAAAGUCCCACACUCAUGGAGACUACUCUUCCCAUCAGGCUUAGCUGACCUGGUUUCAGUGCAGAGCGGAGCAGUGUUACUAUAUCACCACUCUACUCCUGAUCUCAGAACGCUGAAAUGCUGUGAAAAGCCCGAAACUGAGCCGUAGCAGCAUGGACUAACAGGGUUGUUUGUUUUGCAGGCCUGUUGAUCCUUCAGUCAGCUGGAUCGGCAGCAAACUUGAGUUUGUUUCCACUUUUAGCUACGCUCAGCCAUUUCUCAGACUCCCUGUCUCCGAAGCUCUGCGUUUUUCUUCCAGACUGAAUCCUCUCUCUCCAUCUGGCACAAGAGGAAGUGAGAGACAGUUGGCACUUGCUUGUCCAUACUGUAUUUGUGGUGCUAAAAUGGCAUGUUCUGUCUCAUCCGUCCUCCUUCCUCUACCUCCCUCACCCUCUCCUGAGAGAAGUAACCCAGAUUUCAAAAUGAAUCGCCGCCUAUUCCCCUCAAUCUUUCUCCUCUCUCUCUCUCUCUCUCUCCCUCCAUAUUUCUGUUUUUCUUCCUCUCUCACUCUCUCUCUCUUUCUCUCUCCUUUUCUCUUUCUCUCGUCCUCCUCCUAGUAAAAACAGAAUCAAUCUUGGAAAGAGAAUACCACCUCUCUAUCUCGUCCUCCUCCUCACCCUGCCUCUGGGUUAACGGAUAUAUAUCACUUCACUUCUCUAUAUUUGGUUCCUAGAAAGCUUGAGUCUCUCAAAACGCUUGUUGCUUACCCAUUUUUCAUUUUUACGUUUUUCUUUUCAUUUUUUUUUCUUUUUUUUGGGCUGUUUUUCCUCUGCUAGCCACUGCUUUUUCUUCCCCCUGUUCUCUUUUUCCUGAGGUGACCAGCUACAGGUGUGACACCUUAGCCUUUCAUUUGAAGUGAGCCAGACAGAGAGGAGGAGGAGAACACGAGGAGAAAGACCUCUUCAGCUCAAAACUUUCCUCCAAAAUUGUCCCAAAUUCAGGCAUCAUGUCUACUCCAGUCUCCCCGUCCCCCUCGCUCUCCCCACUGACACUGGCCUCCCCUACAUCUGCAACCUCCCCCGGUGCCUCCCCUCUGCCCUCGCCUCUCUCCCCUCCACCCAGGGUGCCCGUGUUUCAGAGGAAGGGAGCGCUCAAACACAAAAGGAUUGUCGAGGUGAAAGACCACCAGUUUACAGCACGCUUCUUCAAACAGCCCACCUUCUGCAGUCACUGCACCGACUUCAUAUGGGGCAUUGGGAAACAGGGAUUCCAAUGUCAAGUUUGCAGUUUCGUGGUCCACAAAAGAUGUCACGAGUUUGUGACCUUCACGUGCCCCGGCUCUGUGACCGCCCCCAGACCAGAUGACCUGAAGAGUCGACACACAUUUAAGGUCCACACGUACUCCAGCCCUACAUUUUGUGACCACUGUGGCUCGUUGCUGUAUGGCCUCAUACACCAGGGCAUGAAAUGUACCAGUUGUGACAUGAACGUCCAUCGGCGAUGCGAGACCAGCGUCCCCAGUUUGUGUGGCCAGGAUCACACAGAGAAGAGAGGGAGAAUCCAUCUGACCAUCAGAGGAGAAAAGGAGGACGUCUAUGUCACAGUGCGGGAGGCUCGUAACUUGAUGCCCAUGGACCCAAAUGGCUUGUCAGACCCGUAUGUUAAACUGAAAUUGAUUCCAGACCCAAAGAGCCACAGCAAACAGAAGACUAAGACCAUCCGCUCAACACUCAAUCCCGUCUGGAAUGAGAGCUUCACCUUCUCCGUGCGUGGUCACCAGUGGGACAGGCGUCUGUCUGUGGAGGUAUGGGACUGGGACCGGACGUCUAGGAACGAUUUCAUGGGAGCGCUGUCGUUUGGCGUGAGUGAGAUCUUCAGGCGUCCAAUCAGUGGUUGGUUCAAACUGCUGGCCCAAGAUGAGGGAGAGUACUACAACAUUCCUGUGCCAGACCCGGACCUGCAGGAGCCUCAGCCAGAUGCUACUACACCUUCUUUGCCUCAAGCGAUGCCUUCCCCGCUGUCUGAACCAUUUCCCGUGGCCCUGUCCCCGACCCUCGUCCCCUCCUGUCCCCCUGGCCACACUCCGGGCCCUGGCAAAGUUAAAAUGGGCAUCCACGAUUUCAACUUCCUCAUGGUUCUUGGAAAAGGCAGCUUUGGCAAGGUGCUGCUGGCAGAGGAGCGAGGCAGCGAGCGUCUGUUUGCCAUAAAAGUGCUGAAGAAAGACGUUCUCUUCCAGGACGAGGACACGGAGAGCGCUCUAGUAGAGAGGAGGGUUCUGGCACUCCCUUCUCGUCCUCACUUCCUCACGUCCCUCUACUGCGCCUUCCAGACUGAGGACCGACUGUAUUACGUGAUGGAAUAUGUCAACGGAGGAGACCUGAUGUUUCACAUUCAGAUAGUUGGGAAGUUCAAAGAGCCUCACGCAGCGUUUUAUGCAGCAGAGAUAGCAGUCGGCCUCUUCUUCCUCCACAGCAAAGGCAUCAUCUACAGGGAUCUAAAGCUGGAUAAUGUGCUGCUCGACAGCGAGGGCCACAUAAAGAUAGCAGACUUUGGGAUGUGCAGGGAGGGCAUGUUCGAGGGCGACACCACACGUACUUUCUGCGGCACUCCUGACUACAUCGCCCCUGAGAUUGUGGCCUAUCAGCCCUAUAAUAAAGCAGUGGACUGGUGGUCUUAUGGAGUGCUGCUGUAUGAAAUGCUGGCAGGACAGCCGCCAUUUGAUGGCAUUGACGAGGAGGAGCUGUUUCAGUCCAUCAUGGAGCAGAGCGUCUCAUACCCAAAAAGUCUCUCUCGGGAGGCUGUAGCUAUCUGCAAGGGACUCCUGACAAAGCACCCGGCCAAGCGCCUGGGUGGAGGAGAAGAUGCAGAGAGGGAGAUCAGGGAGCAUCCGUUCUUCCGCUGGAUUGACUGGGACCGUCUGGAGAGACUGGAAAUCCCGCCACCUUUCAAACCCAGAACUGGUGGGAAAAAAGGUGAGAACUUUGACAAGUUCUUCACAGCUGCUCAAACGGCGCUCACCCCCUCGGACCCGGAUAUACUCGCAGCCAUGAACCAGGAAGACUUCGAAGGCUUCUCCUUCAUCAACCCAGACUUUGCUCCGUCACCGCUCACCGCUGUUUGAAAACGGCUCCCAAAUCUGCUCCAGCAGCCAUUCCAAGUCUAGCCAGAUGAUCCUGUUAUCCUUCCGAUUGUAGUUUUAUAGCAGAGAAUUUGAACUUGAGAGCUAGCAGCGAGUAUUACACCUCUCAUAACCAAAUUCAGACGUUUACAUGAAAAUGCCAAGACACCUCGAUUUUCCGGGCACUCUCUUUGAUGCAUGUCUAUUAACUCACUCGUCACAGAAUGUGUAUCAACACUGCAAACAUAGUCAGUACUAUGGACUGCCAUCUUAGACUUUUUUUUAUAAGACUUAACUUGAUCUAAAGGUACUGUAGUAUGAACAUGAGAAAAGUAAUCUCUAUGCAUGCAGAUAGUUUUUAUAGUACUAGACUAUCCAAGGCAGAUACUUUACUUUCCUUUCCUUUAAGUAAAGUAGUCAUAUGUUGUGCGCACGUGUAAUUUACCAGUUAUAUUUCACCAGUCGGGGUUUCACUCAUGCAGCUACACAGACCACACAGUAUGUAAAAGCAGGACAUCUCACCAUUUUGAUGCCAAUUCCACCUUAGCAUUGCAAGUACUCAGCAUCAACAGCACUUAAAUGUGUCUUUCUGACUACCUACAGUAUCUCACUCUGGUUAUUUUUGUGCUCUCUAUUUUGGAUAAAUGACACGUUGACUAUGAAGCAAAUUGAGCGGGUAGCCACUUUUAGGUAUUUAUUUAUUUUAUAAGAGAGGCGUCCCGUGGAAGCGUUUAGUCAGACUCCUCUGACCUGGCUCGACCUCUCGGUUUAACGUCACACCGGUGACUUCAGAUGACCCACUGAGAUGUUUAAACAAUGCAGUUAGCACAAUGUGACAGUUAGAGUGGACCACAGCUCUGCUCCACCCACCCAGGCUCACACUGUGUGGUGUGUAAUGUCACUGGAAGGGAGUCCUCACUUGACAUUCACAGUUUAUCUGCAUUAUUAUUAUUUUUUUAUUCUUGAGCACGCUAUGGAAUAUGGCCUAUCUGCACUGCAACUACAGAUAUCCUAUUACUCCAAGUAAACAUUACAGUUUUAUCAAUAAAAGCCUCUUUUUAAUGUCUUUCCCAGACGAGAGGCUUGUUAGCUUGCGCAGGUACAUAUACUUAUGAUUUUAAUGGUGUAUGCCGUAAAGCUUUUUGCUGCGUAAUGAUGUGCUCACAGUAUUGAUUAGGAGUAAUUAAAAGUGAGGCUCACUGGGACUGUUCAAUACAUGGAAAAAUAACAGCAGUGCUGUCAUUAAGCCCUAUCUGAACAGAGCAGGUGGCUGCAAACUUACUGUGCAAAAAUCUCAUCCCCGUGCUCUUAUCUAAUGAACCAGCUGGUCAUUUCACACAUAAAUAUGAUUUAUUUCUUUGAUUCUUUUUUUCAUGUACAGUUUUGCUUUACAUCUGUUUGCCUGUUAUUGUAGAUCCGAUUGAGCUGAAGUCAGAUGUCACUGCACACAAUCCCUCAGUACGAUAAUUACAAUAGAUGAUGAUCAAUAGUGCAAUAGAUCAUUGAUAGGUCAUGUAUCUGAUAGUUUUUGUUUUUAUGUGCUGGAAAAAGAAAAAGAAAAUAAAGUUGAUGGGAAAAAAAUGAUGAAACAGCACCAGUGAAGUGUCUCUUUCUGUGAUGGCGUGCGAAGCUGCUGACAAACAAACACGCACGGCCUCUCGCUUUGUCUUCACCACGAGCCUGCCUCCCUGUCACGCUCCCUCCACCCCCCUCCUCCCCGCACUUUCACACAUACUCACGCUCAAAAGUGCAAUCCCUGGCAUGUGAACACACUCACGCACGGAGAAGAUGCUGACCCCUCUGUUCAGUGG